CUACCGAGGGCAGUUUUCAUAAAGAACUCUCUUCUUUCAGAUAGGAGGAAAACCUGUAUCCGUUCCUGUUUACGCUUUACUCAGAAUUUUGAAGACUUUCUUGAUCAUGAGCCACGGUUUAAAAAAAAAGGUCUCCCGCUCUCAUAUACAUACCUAAAUAUAGAUCUCUGAAACAAAAAUUUCAUAAAACAAUACCUACCUUUAUGUGCAAUACAUUCUAAUAUUUUCUUUUCAAUUCUCUUCCUGUUCAUACGUUUAAAUCUUGGUCUUGAUCCCUGAUCCACAAAACUGAUUUCUGAGAACUUGCAAACUGCACUUUUAGAAAACCCUGCCCAGUGUAAACUUUCCAAAACCCUUCCCUAUCCCUAUCUUGUGUGGCUCUUACACUGUGCUGGGUGACCGGUGUAUGUACCCCAUUUUAUUGUGAGUUGUCCAAGGUCACAACCAGGUGACCAGUGCCCUUGAGAUCUGGCAGAACAGGAUUUUCCCUGGGCAGCAAACACCUUAGCGGGACUCACAGACCAUAGUCCUCUCCCAGGGCUCCAAGAUGCUGAAGAGAGGCGCAGGGACCCCCCAAGGCAGGUAAGAGAAGUCAAUCAAAAUAGCUCAGAGCCUCUGGCCAACCAGAGCUGGCUCGUGCCUCAGAUUCACCUUCUCCCAGGUGAUUGGCCCCAAGGGGGUUCCCAGCCCCCACCCCAUCCUGGGGCCAGUUUCCUCCAGCAGGCACCGCCCCCAAGGGAGUCCCCCUCAGGGCAGUCCAUCCCUGCUGGCUUCUGUGGGUGUGGUUUCUGACAGAUGGCCUGCAGCUGCUUUGUCCCAGUCACCAGGAACUGGUUAUUUCUCCCCUGGCUCCAAGCUAGAGGGUUCUUCCUGGCAGGCUGUCCCCACAGCUUCUAGACAUGGCUCUCAAGGAGAGACUCAGGACCUGGAAGAGACUCUUCUGGUUGCUGAUCCUAUUUGCACUUGGCCUCUUAGGGCUGUACCUGUAUGGGCUCCCUGUAAUCAGGCAUCUGGAAGUCCUCAUCCCCAUGGGUGUCUGCCCUUCUGCCAGAAUGGCCCUGCUGAGAGACAACUUCACGGGUCUCUUGCAUCCCUGGGCCCGGCCUGAAGUCCUGACCUGUACCUCCUGGGGGGCCCCCAUUAUUUGGGAUGGCACCUUCGACCCAGCUGUGGCCCAGCGGGAGGCUCUGCAGCAGAACCUCACCAUUGGUCUGACUGUCUUUGCUGUAGGCAGGUACCUGGAGAAGUACCUGGCGCGCUUCCUGGAGACGGCCGAGCAGCACUUCAUGGUGGGCCAGCGCGUGGUGUACUACGUGUUCACCGAGCGCCCGGACGCCGUGCCCCGCGUGGCGCUGGCCCCGGGCCGCCUCCUGCGCGUGGAGCGCGUGGCCCGCGAGCGGCGCUGGCAGGACGUGUCCAUGCAGCGCAUGCACACGCUGCACGAGGCGCUGGGCGGGCGGCUGGGCCGCGAGGCGCGCUUCGUGUUCUGCAUGGACGUGGACCAGUACUUCCACGGCGCCUUCGGGCCCGAGGCGCUGGCCGAGUCGGUGGCGCAGCUGCACUCCUGGCACUACCGCUGGCCGCGGUGGCUGCUGCCCUACGAGCGCGACGCGCGCUCGGCCGCCGCGCUGGCGCCGGGCGAGGGCGACUUCUACUACCACGCGGCCGUGUUCGGGGGCAGCGUGGCGGCGCUGCGCGGGCUGACGGCGCACUGCGCGCAGGGCCAGCGGCGGGACCGCGAGCUCGGCCUGGAGGCGCGCUGGCACGACGAGAGCCACCUCAACAAGUUCUUCUGGCUGCACAAGCCCGCCAAGGUGCUGUCGCCCGAGUUCUGCUGGAGCCCCGACAUCGGCUCGAGGGCCGAGAUCCGGCGGCCGCGCCUGCUCUGGGCGCCCAAGGAGUACGCCCUGCUGCGCGACUAGUCCCCGACCCCCCGCCGGCCCGGGAAGGGGGGCCCCUGAAGCCGUCGGGGCGCCCCGGAGGGCAGCGAGAGCUUGGAUCGAAACAGCCCUGCCCGCCUGGCCGUGGGAUCGUAGCGGUGGGAGGAGGAGGCCCUGACCUUUGGGGAGCUAGCUGUUCUACAGGAGGGAAAGGUCCCUUUCCUCCACUUUCAACAGCCACCGACGAAGCACCGCGACAGUAGCGCGCCUCCAAGCUGCCCUUCACCUCUGACCUUACUGGAUUCGGCUGAUGCCUCCUGCAGAGUUAUUUUAGCCCUUCCCGCCCCACCCCCCAAAGCCAGCCCCCAACCCCCUUUUUGAUAAUCAGGAGACUGAAGCACAAAAAGGGAACGUAAGUGCCUAAGGCACAGAGAAGCUGUGAGUCUGUCUGGGCGGCAGCUGGAGAGCCAGGACUGGCUCUCACUCCAAAGAGAGUAGUUUCUGGGUGAACAGGAGAAAGCUGCUGUCACAGAAAGAAACAUCUGAGUCCUUGGCUUUGCUCCCC